GUUAUUCGUUGUGCAGCAAAAUUGGAAGAGAGAGUUUAUUCGCGACAUACACUGUUAUUUAUAAACUACUCGAUCGAGCCGAACACUCGAAAUUGAACGAAGAAUGUUCGUGUUUCGUUAAGCACGAUAUGAAGUGACAGGGCUGUGCCUGAACAUCCUCCCCCCCUUGACGCAAGUCAACAAACAAAACAAAAACAAUCAAAAUAAACAGAAAUUAGGUGCAUGUGCUCUCGUCGGCCUCUGCCACAGUGUUACUACCCGUGUCAGCUUGUCGUCUCCGGUGUGCACCUGUACGAUACGUGCGAGUGGCCAACGGGUUGGGGGGAGGAAAUCAUCCUUCAGGAUAACCAGUCUGCCAGGAAAGAUGCUGUCGUUCCUCUUCGCCAUGGUGUUAUCACGUUGCAUCUCUUGCAGGUAUUCCGUCGUCCAGUGCUUCCAGAAGCGCUGCACCAUUACUUGCCACUUCUGCAAGUCGCUGAGGGUGCAGGAACGAAGAUGGGUGUAGUCCGGCUCGGGGACAGCAUGCAUCGAUGUGCCCACGAGGAAAUGCGCUGGGGUAAGUGCCGAUAGCUCGUUAGGGUCGUCUGACAUAGGUAGGAGAGGACGCGAGUUCAUCGCCGCCUCAAUCUGAUGUAGGACAGUUGUGUAGCCUUCGUAGGAUAGUCGCGUGCUGCCUAACUGCCGAAAAAGGUGUCGCUUGGCGGUCUUCACAGCUGCUUCCCACAAUCCGCCGAAAUGUGGUGCCUUGGGAGGGGUGAAGUGCCAAUUGAUGCCGCGGUUAGUGCAAUCUGUCACAAUUAGAUGUAGCUGCUGUUCAUCGCGAAACAUUUCGAACAGCUCGUGAAGCUUCCUCGCCGCGCCUUCGAAGUUUUUCCCGUUGUCUGAAUGUAUGUGUGCCGGUAAACCGCGUCGUGCUGUGAAUCUGUGUAAUGCAGCUAAAAAACCAGCAGUAGUUAGAUCACUUACCAGCUCCAAGUGUGCGGCCUUAGUGGAAAAACACACAAACACGCAGAGGUAGCAUUUUCCCGGGGCGGCUCGUUUAUGGGCUGGCUUCAGGUAUAAUGGACCGGCGUAAUCCACUCCGGUAACACUAAAAGGCCGGCUGGGAGUGAUGCGCUGCGCUGGAAGCUGUCCAAGUUGUUGCUGUUCAAGUGUCGGUCGCUGUCGAAUGCACCGAAAACAAUUCUGCACAAUGUGCUUAACAAGAUGCCUUCCAUCUAACGGCCAAAACUCUUCGCGAAUUCGAGAUAGGAGCAGCCUUUCUCCUCCAUGACGAAGCUCCUCGUGUUGAUACUUUGCGAUCAAUUGCGCGAACGGAUGUUUCUUGGGAAGCAAAACAGGAUGCUUCGCUUGGUAGGGAAGUUGAGAUAGUCGUAAACGUCCACCUACACGGAUGAUCCCUUGUUCGUCAAGGAAUGGACUUAGUGCACGUAAAGGUGAUUGCCUCAUGACUUCGUUUCCCUUUUUGAGCUGCCCGAGUUCAGCUGAAAAUGCAUCCUGCUGUGCUAGGCGGCUUAACACAGUGUUUGUUGUUUCCAUGUACUCGGGUGUGACGAUUAAAGGUGCGGGGUGCUGUGCUGCUGUUCGCUGAGUGCGUGCCUUUUCCUUAGCGUUACGUGUGAAGCGAAUGCAGUAUGAUACGAUACGCAGCAAUCGCUUGUAGCUAGAACACAACGCAAACCAAGGGUGAUUAGUGGUUGUGUUUACAACGGCAGCACUCACCUGGCGAAUCUCUAGAUUCGUUUCGUUGGCUGGUUCCGGGUUAGAGUUGGGCCAGAUGGAAGCGGGCAAAGAUAGCCAAUCCGGACCGAAGCUCCACAGUUUGCUUUUCAGGAAAUCAGUGGCUGACAUGCCUCGUGAAACCAGGUCAGCAGGAUUAGACGCGCCGGGUACAUGUCUCCACUGCCGCGGGUGUGAGUAAUGCUGCACUUCAGAUACCCGGUUAGCCACAAACGUUGCCCAUGUGUUGGGUGUGGCGCUGAUCCAGGUUAAGGUGAUGGUGGAAUCCGACCAAAAGAAAGAUUCUGCAACGUUGGUCCCCAUCGCCUUCUUUACUCGGUGAUGCAGGUGUGCUCCUACUACCGCAGCGCAUAGUUCAAGGCGGGGUAGUGUGACGCGCUUGAGCGGUGCCACACGCGAUUUGGAAGAAAGCAACGUUAUGCGAAUCUGCCCACCUUCGCCUUCACAACGCGCAUAAAUGCAGGCUCCAUAUGCUGCCUCCGAUGCAUCACAGAAGGUAUGUAGCUGAAUACGCGCACCAGGUAGAAGCGCAUAACGACUAACCUUGAAUUUAGAGAUGAGUUGCCAAUCCUCUUGUAUUGUUUUCCAUUUCUUCCAGAUAGUAUCUGGAACAUACUCGUCCCAACCAGCUUUCUGCAACCAUAAUUCCUGCAUCA